AGUUUUCAGAUUGUUUCAUAAAAAUGGGUUCUGGAUCAAGCAAAUUACAAGAGGAGAAAGAAAAAAAAGAACGAGAGGAAAAAGAAGCGCGGGAUGCUGAGUUGCAAAGAAAGAUGCAAGUAGAGGAUCAGGAGAGACGAGAUGAAUGCAAUCGUCAGCGUAUGAGAGAUUUGAGAAGCUCUGAACUAUCGCAAAGAAAAACCGAGGAAGAACGGGCAGAUAUACAGAGACAGGCAGCUCUAGAACAGUUACAAGCGACAAAAACUGAGAACAACAAGAGGGAGGAUGAGCUCAGAAAAUCGCAAUUUGAAGCAAACGUGAAAGCAGCGGAAAGGGCAGAUGAGGCAUUAAGAAGCCAAAAAGAUGCCGAUAAAAUGGAAAUUAUGACAAGAGAGAACAAUGAUCAAGAAACGCUGAAACUGAUUCAGGAGAAUAAACUUCAAGCCGAAGGAAACAUUUUUGCAAAUGUGUCUGCGUUGAAAGAUCAGAACAAAAGAUUCCAAGAUGAAUGUCAUAGCGAAAAGAAGCAGUUUGGAAUUAAAGUUGAGGAGACGACAGCACAAAACAACGACGAAGUUUUGAAAGAAAGUGCACAGACAAAUCAUAUCAAGUUGGGUAAUCAACAAAAUAAACUCACUCAUGAGUCACGAAUCAUGGCGUUAAAGGAAGGAAAUACGGUUACAAAGAUACACGUUGGUCAGGCACAGGAGAAAGACAGAAAAGAGACGAAUUUCAUUGCUGCUGUCAACAGAAUGAUUCAAGCUGGACGAGAUCUUCCAGAAACCGUUGAUUCUUUGGAAGGUCAUACAUUAAAGCUUAGAUAUGGAAGUGAUGCAUCGGCUUUGGAAAGCGACAUUGGGCUUUGUGAGAUCAUUGUUUCCAGUAUUAACCGCAAAAUAUCGAAACUACAAGACAGUUGCAUAGAUCUUUCCAACUAUGCCAUCGCAGAUCAUAGAAUGGUUCAAGAAAUGCAAAAAAACGCUCUAGGAAUCAAUGAGUCUGUUCGGAGGAUUCAAAGUCAUUUAACACAAUUCCGAGUUUCGUUGUCGGACAAUCCAAUUACCAAUUCGAUGGAACUGUACAAAAAAGUUCAAACCGAAAGUCACAGCUUGAGUACGAAGAUUAACUCGAUGCCAGUUGUCACUGAAACCAACCAUGCGGUGGCGUAUUUGAGAAAACAAAGAGAAACACUAGCUCUGAAUCUUCCUACUGUUGCACCAAAGGGCAAAGUUCAAACAUCUCUAGAGGAUUGAAAGAAAACAUCUUGAUUGUCCUUUCAACUGUGUUAUAAUAAAUUUAUUUAUUCGUUUUUGUAACUUUUUUGAUAUUUAUCCUCAAUAGUAUUCCUGUAAAUAAAAUGUUCAUUGUUCUAUUUUUGUACCUCGUUGAAGUCGACGUUCAACUUUUUAUCAUUUUUUAUUCUGUAAAUAAAUAGGUUGUAUUAUUGCA